AUGAGCGUGGAGCCAGGCGCACAGAACAUGGAAUCCUGCCGUGUGGGAGUCAGGGUACCUCCAUUCUACCCUGAAAAACCUGCUUUGUGGUUCGCACAAUUAGAGGGGCAAUUUCAACUAGCCACCAUUACUGCAGACUCCACGAAGUUUUACUACGCUAUAAGCCAAUUGGAACCACAAUAUGCAGCGGAAGUAGAAGAUGUCAUCACAAACCCACCGAUGGCUAACAAAUACGACAGACUUAAAACUGAACUUAUUAAACGAUUGUCAGCAUCGAGAGAGAAGAAGGUUAAACAACUCCUCAUUCAUGAAGAGCUUGGUGAUCGCAAACCUUCUCAGUUCGUCAGACAUCUCCAGAAUCUUGCUGGACCUGGGGUGCCGGAAGAGUUUUUACGUACUAUAUGGACCAGUCGUCUACCAGCAAGUACGCAGUCAAUUAUUGCAUCACAACCAAAAGCCUCACUAGAAGAACUAGCCGAGUUGGCAGACAGAAUACAUGACGUUGUACCUCCAAUUCUGCAAGUAGCAUCCACAUCGGCAUCAACAUCUUCUGGUAUGUCUAUUAAUUACUUAAACCAGCAAAUAGAAGAGCUCACAAAACAAGUCUCCGCUCUCACUACAAGGUUGGACAGAAUAUCUCGUAAUAGCGAACGUCAACCAUUUAACCGAUUGCGAAAAAGAUCACAAUCUCGAUCAAGAUCAGCUUCAAACCAUAAGAAGUACCCCAAUUGCUGGUAUCAUGCUAAAUUCGGUGAUCAAGCUAGAAAAUGCAUUCAACCCUGCGAUUUUUUGGCGGGAAACGCAACGGGCAAUCGGUAA